AUGACUAAUGAUUGCAUCUUCACUUCUAUGGGGAUGUUCAUCAUUGAUGAGAUCCAUUUCCCUGAGAACUCUAGUAAAAGAUCCCAUUAUAAUGUCAUUGGAGGUGGUGGCUGUUAUGGUGCCUUAGGUUCAAGAAUAAUAACAGGCCCUUCAAACAGUGAAAAAGUGGGUUGGAUCAUUGAUAAAGGUAAUGAUUUUCCCAAGGAUGUUGAAGAUUACUUGAAGAGUUGGAAUACUGGUGCAAUUUGGAGAGAAACUCCUGAAAGAUUAACAACUAGAGGUUGGAAUAUGUAUGGUGAACGUGAAUUUAGAGAAUUCAAAUACUUAUCGCCAAAGCUGAGAAUAACAGUUGAUGAUUUAAUAGAAAACAAGCCAUUGUUAAACUCACAAUCAUAUCAUUUAAUCUGUUCACCUCAAAGAUCUAUAGAGAUUCUUGAAUCAUUACAAAAGGCAAGAUCUCAAUCAUUACCAUCACCAAUAAUAACAUGGGAGCCUGUACCUGAUCUAUGCCUCCCAGAGAACUUAAAAGAUUGUCUUUCAGUAUUACCAAAUUUGAAUGUAUUGACACCAAAUGCUGAAGAAGCUGCUAGAUUUUUCUCUCAACCUGAACCAGUGACAAAGCAACAGCAUGAAGAGCUAGCUGCAAAGUUCAUAUCUAAUUUAACAAAUGAUUCUCAAUUCCAAACAGGCAGUGGGAUUGUUUUAAGAUCCGGUGCAUUAGGUUGUUUUAUCUUGACAAGUAAAGGUAUUAAUGAGUGGAUUCCUGCAUAUCAUAACGAAAACAACCCAACAAGAUCAGUUAUUGAUCCAACAGGAGGUGGAAAUACAUUUAUUGGUGGGUUCACUACAGGAUUUGUUAUGAGUGAAGGAGACUGGAGGAUUGCAGCUCUUUGUGGGAAUAUAGCUGCUGGUAUUGCUAUUGAACAGAUUGGAAUGCCUGUUUUUAAAGUCAAAAAGGAAGGAGAAGAUGAAUGGAAUGGGAAAAGUUUUAAACAAAGAGUUGAGGAUUAUGUUGAAUGGAAUAAAUUGGAUUUUGAUGUUGGUGAAGUUUUGAGAGUUUUGAAAUUGGACUAG